AUGACGGAUCAAGGAAGGGCAGACCAGAAGCUUAUUGGAACAAAAACCAAAAUUAAACUUUUGGCCACAACCAAAGGAGGGGCAGAAACAAAGUGCAUAAGCCGACCCCUGGACCUGGUCUUCAUCAUCGACAGCUCCCGUAGUGUGCGCCCAGCUGAGUUUGAGAAGGUGAAGAUCUUCUUGGCCGACAUGGUAGACACAUUGCAGAUUGGCCCAGACGCCACCCAGGUGGCCGUUGUCAACUACGCCAGCACAGUGAACAUCGAGUUCCUGCUGAAGACCUACCUCAACAAGGCUGACAUGAAGCUGGCACUUUCACGUAUCGAACCACUGGCAGCUGGCACCAUGACUGGCCUGGCCAUCAAGACUGCCAUGGAACAAGCCUUCACCGAGCAGUCUGGAGCUCGGCCGCGCGACAAGAACAUCUCUAAGGUGGCCAUCAUAGUCACUGACGGCCGGCCUCAGGACCAGGUGGAGGAGGUGUCUGCAGUAGCUAGAGCCUCGGGGAUAGAGAUCUAUGCCGUUGGGGUGGAUCGAGCCGACAUGAAGUCCCUGCGCCUUAUGGCCAGCAACCCACUGGAUGAACAUGUCUUCUAUGUUGAAACAUAUGGUGUUAUAGAGAAGCUAACCUCAAAGUUCCGGGAGACCCUGUGUGGUCCAGGCUCCUGUGCUCUGGGACAUGACUGUGAGCAUAUUUGUGUCAACAACUAUGGCGACUAUUACUGCAAGUGUCGGGAGGGCUUUGUCUUGAACGAGGACAUGAAAACUUGUUCCAGGCGAAGUCUGGACUCCUGUGCCCGGGGACAUGACUGUGAGCAUAUGUGUGUCAACAACCGUGGUGGCUAUUACUGCAGGUGUCAGGAGGGCUUUGUCUUGAACGAGGACAUGAAAACUUGUUCUAAGCAAAGCGGCUCACGGGCCCUACUUGUUACAGAUCUGGACUCCUGUGCUCAGGGACAUGACUGUCAGCAUAUUUGUGUGAACAACUAUGGCGACUAUUACUGCAGGUGUCAGGAGGGCUUUGUCUUGAACGAGGACAUGAAAACUUGUUCCAAGCAAAAUCUGGACUCCUGUGCUCUGGGACAUGACUGUCAGCAUAUUUGUGUUGACAACUAUGGCAACUAUUACUGCAAGUGUCAGGAGGGCUUUGUCUUGAACGAGGACAUGAAAACUUGUUCCAAGCAAAGUCAGGACUCCUGUGCUCUGGAACAUGACUGUGAACAUAUUUGUGUCAACAACUAUGGCGACUAUUACUGCAGGUGUCAGGAGGGCUUUGUCUUGAACGGGGACAUGAAAACUUGUUCCAGGCGAAGUGGCUCUCGGGCCUUACUUGUUACAGAUCUGGACUCCUGUGCUCGGGGACAUGACUGUCAGCAUAUUUGUGUGAACAGCAAUGGUGACUAUUACUGCAAGUGUCAGGAGGGCUUUGUCUUGAACAAGGACAUGAAUACCUGUUCCAAGCAAAGUGUGGACCCCUGUGCCAUGGGACAUGACUGCGAGCAUAUAUGUGUCAGCAGCAAUGCCUCCUAUUACUGCAGGUGUCGAGAGGGCUUUGUUUUGAACGAGGACAUGAAAACUUGUUCCAAGAAAAAAGAGGUAAGAGCGGAGGUGAUAGUAGACCCCUGCAAGUGCGAGGCUCAGCUGGCCUUCCAGAGAACAGUUCAGUCCUCCAUCCAGGACCUGGCUGCCAGACAUAUCCUUUCAGCUCUCGACCACAUUCUCAAUUAUCAUGAUGGUCAUCAUCAAUCAAUGCAUCGAACAGACUGGUUUGUUUGA